UAUCAGAGUGCGCUGACAUCGCUCCAGGUUUGCAGCGAACACGUGAACUUUCUCUCGAGAGAGACUUCCCUUUCCGAGGAUUUCUGACUGUGGUGUUUCCAAGAACGUGGUAAAUCAAGUCUGAAGAAUGGCUAAGUCAAAGAAUCACACUAAUCACAAUCAAAAUAGAAAAGCACACCGAAAUGGCAUUAAGAAGCCUAAAAGGUACAGGCACGAAUCAACUCUUGGUAUGGACCUGAAAUUUUUGAGGAACCAACGUUUUGCAAAGAAACAUAAUCUGAAACCGAAAGCUCAGUUAAAGAGAGCAGAACAGCGAAAGGCUCUUCGCGAAGCGAAGAAAGCUAAAUAAAUAUGCUAAUUACCAAUUUUUAAAUAAUUUAAAAUAAAGAAAAAAUUACUUUUAA